AUGACCCUACUUGCUGUAAUAUUCAUUGUAGUAUUGUUCGCAACUGCAAAUAAUAUCAAUGAACAAUGCCAAGUGCAUAAUGAAAGGUGGAUUACGUGUAAUUGCAUCGGUAACGAGGAUUUUUUUCUACCAGAAGCAUAUGAUUACACGAACACUCUCAGCGUGUCGAUCACAGGCUGCGUUUCGGUGAACCUUCAUUACUCCAGUUUUCCGGAGGCGAGCAAUAUUGAGGAAGUAAUAGUUCAAAAUAUCAGUGGUAGUCUGAAUUUUGACGUCUUUUUUUCGUCAAGUCAUAUGAAACUGUUGAAGCUUUCGAACAUUGGUCGGAUACCGAUGAUAGCGAGUCAUACGUUCAUGUUCUUGAAAGCUAUUGACACGCUUGCAAUCGAGAAUACGCUUAUCGAGACUCUCGAGGAAGAGUUUGCCUACAUCAAUAUUUCGCACUUCAUUAUGAUGAACGUUACAAUCGAGCGAGUGUCCUGUCUAAAUGUCUCCGAAAAGGGCACGAAGUUGCGCAUAGUGAAUAGCAAGCUGUAUAAUGUCAUGGAAACCUUGAAUUUUGCCAAUUUCUUAAACAUCGAGAUCAUUGGCUCCAAGUUCGAAAUGCAGAAACCGGGACUAAUGUCUAUCCAAGGCGAUGUCGCCAUUGUAAAAAACAACAUUUUCUCGAACGUAAGCAUGAACUUGGUCACCACGACUGCCAUUGUGAUAAACGGCAUUUGCGCAGAUGGCAAAAGCACUCUGAGGCUUAGUUCAAGGAGCAUUGAUAGUACAGAUAACAGAUUACCGAAUGAAAUAGCUUAUCCAGGAAACGAUCAGCGUGGAGAACCUCUCACGGAAUUUCUCACGAUUCGAAACAAUACGGUCUGCAAAGCAGGCAACUGCAAAUGUUCAAUAAGUAGCGGACAGGCUUCGUGUCCUAUUCGCGUCAACACAAUAUACAUUUUCUUGUUAACAAAGUUCAUAUUUAUACGCUAUCUUUGA